AUGGAUUUUGUCAACGAUUUUGACUUGGUGAAGUUUGGCGUUAAAAAGGAGACUAUGCAAGACAUGGAGCGAAGCUUUGUGGGGCCGUGCAACCAGCUCCAGAGACCAGACUCCGUGUCCUCGACACCCGGCAGCACACCUUGCAACUCUGUCCCUUCCUCACCGAGUCUGCACCUGAACGAGCCGCGUGGGCACAACGGCGGAGAACAGUUCUGGAUGCACGGUAGCGCGUACCCACAGCAGAUGUACCCGCAAGCAUUUGGCUUGACGCCCGAGGACGCGGUGGAGGCUCUGAUCGGAGCCACUGCACAGCAGGGCCCGACUGCUCAUCCACAACAGCCCCCCUUCCAGCCAGAGUACGACAGCUACGGCCACAUGGGCGACCCAGUGCACUACGGGGACUUGCAGAGCCACUGUCACGAGCCGUACCUGAAGGACGACCUCCGCAGCGCGUCCCCGCAGUCUCCAGAGAAGGUCCUGGGAGCGCACCAUGUCCCGCAGCACAGCCGGCACGAGCGGCGCUCGAACCCUGACAUGCACUUCUCAGAUGACCAGCUCGUAUCCAUGUCCGUGCGCGAACUCAAUCGCCUGCUUCGGGGCCUGGGCAAAGACGAGGUGAUGCGGCUUAAACAGAAGCGCAGGACCCUGAAGAACCGAGGCUACGCGCAGUCGUGCCGCUACAAGCGCGUCCAGCAGAAGCACGUCCUGGAGCACGAGAAGAGCAGCCUGGUGUCACAAGUGGAGCAGCUCAAACACGAGCUCAGCAGACUGGUCCGAGAGCGGGAUGUGUACAAACAAAAGUGUGAGAAACUGUCCGGGGCCGGCUGCUACCAUGACACGGGCUCCACGAGUGACAGCCCGUCGUCCCCGGAGUACCUCAUGUAG